UCGCUCACCCGCUCGCUCGCGUCAGCCCACGCAACGCGCUUUUACGAUAAGAGCGAGAGUCAGGUUCGCUCGUAAAGGGCCCCUUGGAAGGGCGCGAUUUGCUCUCUUAAAAAAUAAAAAAAAGGAUCGUCCACUAAAGGUAUUGAUGUUAACGCUCGAUCGAGUAUGCCGAUCACAAAGGGCUUCUUCCCUUCGGAUCGUCUCGUUAAUCGAACGAAUUUCUUCCACCCAGCUGCGCGGAAACUUUCCGAGCGUUUGGGAAUGAUUUAAUUGAGAGAAGGGAGGAGAUAAUUGUUUUUUAACCAUUUUCAUAAUUAUCCCGCAUUUCGAUUGAUCACGGAGCAUAAGUUUGGGAAAUAUUGUCUGACACGAAUGAAUUUCGUAUAAAAGGAUCGAACACUUCGAACGACAUAUGUAACAGAGAUUCUCGCGUUCGGCAGGAAAUUUCCAUCCCGGUAGUUCGAUCGGGCCGAAACGGCUCGGGGCCCCGACGUCGUCCUAGCACGAGUCUGCUCGGCGUAAAGGCCACGGGAAGAACCGAGGAGCGUCGGAGAUUGCCGAGGCGGUUGCGCCGAGCAUGAGCUACCCUCGGCAGCUCGCGACUGCUAUGGCUAUUGACCGAGCUUGGAAGACCGGCCGGUCAGCUGUGCGCCUCGCCGGCGGUGUGAUAUUCUGCUCCGCGGCCAGGAAGAAGACGAACCUCGUCCGUCCAAUUGGAGAAGCGGGCCGAUCCUCCAGGAGGAGAGACGGGCAGCUGCGUAUCUGCAAGUAGAACCGAGAAGAGACUGUCCGAUCUCGUCGCCGGUGGAUCGCUUCGGGUGAAAGCCCAAAACGUACGCUCGCGGAAGAUAGUCGCUCGGAGUAGGAGGAAGGCAGGUUGGCGACAUGUAGAGACCGGCUGUGCGCGUUAGAGAGGACGAGAGGGGGGAAGGAAAAGAAAGAUAGGUGUACGUACGUGCGAGGAGUGUGGUGCGGGCCGCAAAAAGUGCAGUGGACUUUUCCAUACCGGAGAGGCUGCGUGCGUGCGUGCGUACGUACGUGGGUACGUGCGUACGUGCGUACGUGUUUGCCCGUAUAUUUUCGCACCGAACGAGGACGGGCUCCAGCCGGAAGGGAUGCGUAGACCGACACCUUACCGGGUGGAAGCGGCCAACUCACAGGGAGGUCUACCUUGCCGGCUGACUCGCGGUCGGUAAAGCGUCGGGACGGCGGUGAUCCGACGGGGCGUCCGCGAGCGGCAGUCGCGGCCUUCUGGUGGACGUGAUAAGGACGAUUCGUUCCGAGAAGAAACCGAUCGGCGCGAGGAGGAUACCACAGUCGUCCGAUCGAGAAUCCCUCCGUGAUCGCGCGAGAACGGAGAAGACGGUCAAUAAUCCAGUCCUACGGUGAUCGGAUGGGAAAAAGAAAGAAAGGAAGCGUCCUUGAUGGGCCGAUCGAGUUGUAUCGCCGGCAUUGGCGGAGAUUAGAGGCGAGCGCAUUUUAACAGACACGACGAGGACCCUACUUGCUGAUGAGCGCGUGCGAUAAGCAGCUCGAGCCGCUGACUCGACGGUUGUUUCAACGCUAUUAGUGACUCCCAAUUCGAUCCUUCACCGCGCACGUGUCGAUCCUCCCGGAGAGGAAGCCUCCUGGCGCUCUUCCCAGCCGGGAUUACUCCCGAUCGCGCUUGAUAAGCCACGAGGAUCUUUGCGCGGGGCUACGCUGAAAAUCGUUCGGUGUCGUUGCUUGACAAAACCGGUUUCGUUCGGCUCGGCGAAUCUCGGCGUUUAUACAAAGGUCGUGUGUGAGAGCGCGCGACUACGAGCGAGUGGUAGGAGUGAGAUUUAUGGAAAACGAAUUUACACGAGGUCACACCCACGGGAGCGGCUCUCUCCUCCUCUCUCUCUCUCUCUCUCUGUGUGCGUGUUUCUUCUCUAUCCGAUCUCUCUAUUAAAAAUAACGACGAUACGAUAACGAGCGAAGAAUCGCAUCCCGCUGGAUAAAUAUGCCGCGGCCUUGAGUCUCCUCGGAUCAACGAACCCGACGAUCAGCCAGGACUCGGGAAGGAUGUCGGGCGACUUGGACGGUUCGCGGGAGGAGCAUGACUCGCCUGGGAGCGGCAACGCGAAGACCUAGUUUCAUGGUCGGCGACGAUGAAGCGUGCCACGAGCGCAUCCGUCGCGGCCGCGACGCACCAUCAGACCAGGCUCCAGGAGCUCUUCGCUCCUCCGAUGGCGACGAACGCCGGCACGGCGUUCCCCGACGAGCAAGGCGUAUCCUCUUGGCUCGAGCCGAAGGGCUCGCCUAAGGGCAGCCCCGGCGACGCGAAAUCCACGGGCAUGUCGCGACUAUUGGCCGUCGAUUCCGACAACUACAUGCUGCGCAAGGGUGCCGGUGCGUCCUCGUCGUCGGCCACCGCGAACGGCUCGCCGAGCGUGCAGCUGCAGAUCCUCGCGUACGGCGACGUCGGCCAGUUGUACGACGUCGCGCGGGCGGCCUCCAGGUCGUCCAGGUGGUACGCCGCUGGUAAUAAUAACCAGCCGAGCAGGCAGCUCGAGGAGCGGACGACGCGCGGCGACGCGUCGUCGGACGGCGUCGAGAGCGAGCUUAUCACGUGCGCGAGACCGGUGUCUUUUCAUCGGUACAUGUGUUGGUGCGGUGCGUUAACCGUGACGGAAGACGUCGCGAAGAGCAGGGCCGCCCUCGAAGGGCGGCGAACGGUGUGCGAUAAUCUAUGCUGCUGCAUGUGUGGUUCUCUAUGUCCCGCAGAGUGCCAUGCGUGCUUCCACGUCGUGUGCUCGGACUACGGCGGCCAGCACCUGUGCCAAUGGAGUACUAAGGGUCACGCGUUGCCGGGCCAGGUUCACGAUGAAGACAAGCCCGUCAGUGAAUGGACGUCAUUAAAUGUCGUGGAAUGGAUGUCAGCCCUAAACCUGUAUCGCUAUGCGGACGUCUUCAAGUCGAAGGACAUCAAAGGCAGCGAUUUGCCUCAUCUGGAUCGGGAGAAGCUCAUGAACAUGGGCAUAAAGGACGAGUUCCAUCAGAGGAGCAUUUUGGUCUGCAUCGAGGAGCUCUGCCAGCCGACGGAGGACACGGACACUACGACGACGUCCGACUGCUCCCUCAGUUACCCGGGCAGCAACGCGCACAAUCUCGUGCCGCACAGUUUCAGCGUGCUGGAGAAGUGCGGUAAAUGCCAUAAAUACAUCAGGGGCCUCUUUCAUCAAGGCUUUCUCUGCCAAGAUUGCGGACUGGUCUCUCACAGGACGUGUUCGGCGACGGGUUUACCUGGCAAUUGCAUCUCGGCCGACUCGGAUCGACGGUUUACGUGGGUGUUCGGUCGGCCGCUGUGCUCGCAAUUCGAUAUUGACAGCCGCACGGCACCGAUCGUGGUGGAACGGUGCACCCGCGCCCUCGAGGAACAGGCCUUCGCCGACACGACACUGGACCUCUACAAAGUUUACCACAGCAGCCCGUGCACCGAACAGACUGUCGAGCUGCGAACGAAGCUGAACGAUGAUGUCUGCAAUACGGACCUAAGUCCGUACACCCCGCAUUGCAUCGCUAGUGUCUUGAAGAAAUUUCUACGAGAGUUGCCGGAUCCGGUGAUCCCUGUGCAGUGGUACGAUAGGUUUUUGGAAGCGUCGAAUAUGAGGAACGACGAACAAUGUGCGACGCGUCUCAGUCAAUUAGUAGCAGAGCUUCCGGCAAACCAUCGAAGCACAUUGUUCCACUUGAUGGCGCACUUUUGUCGCAUCUGUCAGCUGCAACACGGACGGGGUUACACGGAACCACCGAAGAUCCUGUCACAAGUGCUUUGUCACAUAUUUCUUAGGCCGCCCUGGGAGCGAAUCAUUCAAGUCGUCCACAACACGGAAGCGCACAUACGUAUAAUGGAAUUGCUGUUGCUGCACGGCGAUUGGAACGAGAGGCUACCGGAGUUUGCCAGCCCGCCUCAAUUACCUCCGCGCAAAGUCUCGAGACCACAAUUUCCAAUCUUGGAUCCAUUCCCGGUGCUCGAAGACGAAACUGUAGACAGAUCGGCACCUGGCACGGAUACUGGCAAGGAUCAACAGGCGCACAGGCCACGCACACUGCAAGAAGCCGAAUGGUAUUGGGGUGACAUCACGAGGGACGAGGUGAACGAGAUGAUGGUCGAUUCGCCGGACGGCACCUUCUUAGUGCGAAACGCGUCUUCCAAAGGCGGCGAAUACACUCUGACGCUGCGUAAGGGCGGCACCAACAAGCUCAUCAAGAUCAGCCAUCGAAAUGGAAAAUACGGCUUCUCGGAUCCAUACAACUUUCAUUCGGUGAUCGAGCUGGUCGACUACUACAGGAACUGCUCCCUCGCGCAAUAUAACGCCGUACUGGACAUCAAGCUGCUCUACCCAGUGUUGCGAUCUCAACAGGAUGACGAGAUCGCGAACACGACCGACAUGACGAAGGUCGUGCAGAAGUUCGUCGAGCUGGAGAAGGAUAUGACCGACACUAUACGCCAAUACCAGAACUGCUCGGACCUUUACGGUAAAACGGCCUACGAAGUCUCGUUAAAGCGCCAGGCGUUAGAAGCCUUCUCGGAGGCCAUCAAGAUGUUCGAGGAGCAGAUGAAACUGCAAGAAAAGUUUCAGAAGGAAGCCCAGCCCCACGAGAUUUCUACUUUGACGGAUAACGCGGAGUUGCUGAAGCGAAGAUUGAAGUCCUUAGAAGAUAGCAAAGAGCAACUGGACGAGAGCCUAAAGCAGCAGAUCGCUUAUUACAGGACUCUGGAGCGAGAAAUGUACAAGCUGAAGUCGGAGAUCGGUCAGCUCGUGCGGCAGAAGGAACGUCAUUCUCACUGGUUGAAGAAGAACGGGAUGAAGCAGACCAAGAUCAAUCAGCUCGUUUCGAACCACUCGCUCACAAAUUCCGUCGUCGGUGAAUUGCCUUACGGUGAUCUCCAGGAGGUCGACCUCGAGGUUCACUCCGACGACAAGACGUGGCUCUUCCUCAAGGGUUCUCGUUCCGACGCUGAUCGCUUCCUAAUGGGCCGUCCGGACGGUACUUUCCUCGUCCGCCGAUCAAGGACAGGCCAAUACGCGCUUUCCAUAGUGUGCAACGGCACGGUGCAGCACUGCAUAAUAUACGCCACCGAGCGGGGCUACGGUUUCGCCGAGCCGUACAACAUCCACGAGAGCCUGAAGCACUUGGUGCUGCAUUACGCUCAGAACUCCUUGGAGGAGCACAACGAGUGCCUGACCACCACCCUGGCCUAUCCGGCGUUCGCUACGCCCGCGGCGCUCACGCAACUCCAGGCCCAUCAUAUGCAGCUGCAGAUGCACACGCAGAACCAGCUGCAGUUCGCGCGACCUCACGAGAACCAGCUGGUCGUGCCGCACACGUAAUAUCCGCCGGUCGUGCGUCGCGAUCGGCAGCCGAUCGAGUACGUUUGCGCACACGUGCGCACGUGAGUCUUGGCGCGUCCAGAAGGACAAAACGCUCGGGACGUUUUUCUCUCGCGUCACCACGAUUACGAUUACGUUGUGCUGUCGCGAAUAUCUCGAGCACGCGUCGAGUGAUAGGUAGGUAAGUUUCGAAGUGUAAUAGUCGUUAAUAAUCGUAAGAGGUAUUAGCGGUAGGAUUAAGUGUGCGUACGGAUUAACACGAUCGCUUCGACUAAACGCGGAGGUUCCCAAACGGCGCGUCGCGACACUUGGAACACUGGCCGUGUGCCCGAUUCGUGACAACGAAUUAAGAGCCCGGAAGUUUAAUUCCAGAGGGAGGGAAACGACGUUUUUAUAGGAUUAUAUAUUUACCGGCUGUUAAAUAUAAUUGAGGGAUAUUCGAACAUUUUUUUAUCGAGCGUUUAGGGAUAAUUUGAGAGGACGUAACGUACGAUUAGAUUUAAUUUCGUAAAUGUAAGAGGAAGGUGGGUAAACGUGGGACGGAGAUUGACUCGGGAACAUCGACUUCCGCGAACCUUGCCAGCAUGAGUGACGAAUGAUCAGUGAGAGACAGGAAUACACCAGACCUACGACCCUAUCUGUUUCGUCGUUACUGUAGUAUUGGGGAGGAGACGCUAAGAACAUACAGUGAAGUGCGAAGCGGACGCAGCCAAGUUCAGAGCGCAGCCGAUGCUCGAGAGAGAGAACUUAUUCUUGACUAAUCCUUUCUCUCAUUGAACCUCUCGCGUUGGCUACGUUCUGAAUUUAGCCCAAACCGUUUCGCUUCCUACUGUAUGGCCAGUCGCAAAAAGACGGCGAUACUUUUUUUUUCGUCAAUUUCGGAACGCAUCCCGUGUUCAAUGGGAGAAUUUGUGUUUCAAUCAUUCUUAGGAGAUAUUUCCGUUGGAUACGAAGUGCGUUGCGAAACUCGUCGAAAGAGAAAUGUCGCAACCUUUCUGUGAACCGGCCAUACGUCGGAUUCAAAGUUAAACUAAGAAGGUUCGGGAACCUCUAAUAGGACCAACACCAAGGCGAAUUGUCACCGACACUCCCUCAGGGUUUAACGGCGCGGAAGCUCUGCGCCGAAACUAUAGUGGAACGAAUCCACCUCCGAUUUUGUUCCGCGAGAGAGAAAGAGAGAGAGAGAGAGAGAAUGUGUGUUUUGGGAUCUUAACGCUCGCGCAGAAUCGAUCCGCUCGGAAACGUUCGGGAACGGUAUCCGACCGGCGGAAACAUUGAGAAUUAGGAGCAUGCGGGGCUCGUUUGCGCCGAACGCAGCUUUGAUUAUUCAGCUGAUCGGAGUAUAUAUAGUCACGUCUCGCACGAUCGUCUAACCCUUAACCGUCUGAGUUUUACUUGGAAACUGAUCGAAAGAGAAGAAUUGUUUUGGUCAACGCGUAGCGCUCGUUAAAAUUAUUACAACUGCAGCUCUGGAUGAGUCAUUUUCGCGUAAGCGGUGCUUGCUAUGUUAAUGUGUUUUGUGAAAUAUCCGCGAAUGGUGAUUCACAAUUCUUCGCGCGGCGAGUCAAUCCGCGCGUUACGCGUUGCUAUUCGUUUGUGGUGACUAAAUGUUUUCGCGAUAUACUUUGUUUCUCCUGCAAAAUUUCCGCGUGAAAUAUACGUUAGUGGUCAAUUCAUUGUGUAAUUUGCAUCGCCAUGUAUCCAGGCUCUUAAGGGUUAAACGCUACCACUCGGACGAAGAUGAUCGCAUCUUCUUUGCUCCAAAAUAUGUUGCCAUUUCCCCCGACGAUGGGGGAUUUAGUUUUUGCGGUACGCUAAAUUUCACUAGUGAUAUUAGAGUAGACAUCCGAAGGUUCUAAGUACCCGCGACGUGUCGUUUUAGUACCGCUUUGUAAUUACCAAAGAGUGGUCGCAAGAAUCCAGCAGGCUUAUUUUAUCUGUGUGUGAACAGAAUGUUAUCGAAUGUAUGUAUAUAUAUAUGUAUGUAUAUAUAUACAUACAUUCGAUAACAUUCUGUUGUAUGUAUAUAUCGAUAUAUAUGUAUAUAUAUAUGUCGAUACGUAAUCGAGCAUAAUAUUUUAUGUGAAGUUUUUAAAAAUGUCGAAGCAAGUGAACCGUUUUAUCGUUUUCUCAUUUGUAAACGCCCACUCAUCGCAAUUUACCAAAGGUGUGCCAUAUUGUUUGUCGUAAUGCGUCGUGCUUUGUAUCAUGUAGCGAUCGACGAGUUCGCUAUUGAAUUCUGCGUUUAAUCGUAUCUCUUGUCGAGUCAUCGAGAACCAGCAAACCAGUUCGAUUCUUGCAACCAGAUCUUUAACGGCGAAAAUGAAUCGAACCGUCUUUGUCAGCCUUUCUCGAUCGCGUUCCGCAGCGGAUCGUGAGGAAGCCUCAUCGAUGAGAGCUUUUUUUAUACGUUAGAUUGCGGAUACAGCGUUAAGGAUGUUCACGCGAGAAGGAGGAUGUACAUAUGUAAUUUUGUGGAUUGUCCAUAAGCGAUUAAGAAGGUUAUCGCGUU